AUGAAUGCGGACACCUUUGAGAAGUGGUUUAAGUCCCAACUACUGCCCAACAUUCCAUCCUCUUCAGUCAUAGUGAUGGAUAAUGCAUCCUAUCACUCAAGGAAAGUGGAUAAGCCACCAACUACUGCAAACAAGAAAGCAGAGAUCCAAGAAUGGCUGGAGAAGAAGGGUGUUGCAGUGCCAGACGGUCUACUUAAGACUCAACUCCUGCAUCUUGUCACUCGCCACACUGCAGCCGCUGACACACAAUAUGUCAUUGAUAAGACUGCCUCAGAACAUGGGCAUAAGGUUGUACGCUUACCCCCAUACCACUGCAACUAUAACCCAAUAGAACUGAUUUGGGCACAGGUUAAAGGGUAUGUGGCAAAGAGAAACACCUUUAAGAUUGCAGACCUGAAGCCACUCGUCCAGGAGAGUCUCAACAGCAUCACGGCAGACAACUGGAAAAAUGCUGUGAGACACUCUGAGGGAUUACAAGUGAAUGAUGAGCAGAGAGAUAUGGUGAUUGACCAUUAUCUCGACUCGUUCACAACCACUCUCUCAUCUGAUGAAGAGUCGUCAUAA